GACAGUGGUCUUGAACACGGACGCCACGCGCGUUCGGUACGCAGCGAGCGCGUCCGAAAUGGGGAUUCGGAGGGCCAUCAUCUUCUUGAUCUUGAUCGUUUCUGCAACUUCGUCUUCUGCGGACUCGAUUAAUGGAUGCGGAGGGUUCGUCGAGGCGAGUGCGGCACUGCUUAAAUCCAGAAAGCAAUCUCAGUCGAAAUUGGAUUACUCUCAUAUUACGGUUGAGCUCCGAACAGUUGAUGGGCUAGUGAAAGAAAGCACUCAGUGUGCUCCAAAUGGUUAUUAUUUCAUUCCAGUUUAUGAUAAGGGUUCUUUUGUUGUCCAAAUUAAGGGACCUCAUGGAUGGUCAUGGGAGCCAGAUCAUGUUCCUGUUGUUAUUGACCAUAAUGGUUGCAAUGCAAAUGCAGACAUCAACUUUCAGUUCACAGGGUUUACGUUGUCUGGAAGAGUACAUGGAGCUGUUGGUGGAGAAAGUUGCCACGUAAGAAAUGGGGGUCCUUCCAAUGUCAAGGUUGAGCUUCUGUCAGUUGCAGAUGACAUUGUAUCUUCUGCACUGACAUCAUCAACAGGAGCUUAUGACUUCAAAAACAUAGUUCCAGGAAAAUACAAAUUGCGUGCUUCACAUCCUGAUUUAAAUAUUGAAGUGAGAGGUUCCUCACAGGUGGAGUUGGGCUUUGGGAAUGGUGUGAUAGACGAUAUCUUUUUUGUUCGUGGAUAUGAUAUAAAUGGCUUUGUUGUUUCUCAGGGAAAUCCAAUUUUGGGGGUGCAUUUGUAUCUAUACUCUAACGAUGUGUUGGAGUUGAACUGUCCUCAAGGUUCUGGUGAUGCUCCAUGGCAAAAGAAGGCCCUUUGCCAUGCUGUAUCUGAUUCAGAUGGAAGAUUCAGCUUCAGCUCAGUGCCUUGUGGAACCUAUGAACUUUUGCCCUUCUACAAGGGGGAGAACACAGUUUUCGAUGUCUCCCCCCCAUCUAUGAUGGUUUCUGUUGAGCAUAGUCACCUCACAAUUUUGCAGAAGUUCCAGGUUACUGGGUUUUCUGUUGGUGGCCGUGUUCUGGAUGGAAAUGGAGUUGGAGUUGAAGAUGUUAAAAUCAGUUUGGAUGGUCAAGAGAGGUCUUUGACAGACAAUUUGGGGAGAUACAAAUUGGAUCAGGUCACGUCUAGGCACUAUACUAUCAGUGCAGAGAAAGAACAUUACAAAUUCAAAAGUUUAGAUAAUCUAUUGGUGCUUCCAAACAUGGCAUCUGUUCCCGAUGUUGAAGCCACACAUUUUGAUGUUUGUGGCACCAUUAAGUUGAUUAAUAAUAAUUACAAGGCAAAGGUGGCUUUGACGCAUGGUCCGGAGAAUGCAAAGCCUCAAGUGAAACACAUAGAUGAAAAUGGACGCUUCUGUUUCAUGGUCCCACCAGGUGAAUAUCGAUUGUCUGCUAUUGCUGCAACAGUUGAAGAUGCUCCUAACCUUCAAUUCCUGCCGGCUUAUAUUGAUAUUAUUGUCAAGAGUCCUGUGCUUCAUAUAGAGUUUUCUCAGGCACAAGUCAACAUUCUUGGAGCCGUCAUAUGUAAAGAGCAAUGCAGCAAAUCAGUUUUUGUUUCACUGACAAGCUUACUUUCAAAAGAAAUGAGAACUGUAGUUUUGGGUGAUGGGAGUAGUGAAUUUGUAUUCCCAAAUGUCUUACCUGGAAAAUAUCGUCUUCAGGUGAAACACAAUUCUUCACAUCCAUCAUCAAAUGGUGAGGACAAUUGGUGUUGGGAGCACGACACCAUUGAAGUAGAUGUGGGUACUGAAGAUAAGAAGGGGGUGGUCUUUGUCCAGAAGGGUUUCUGGAUUGAUAUAAUAUCCACUCAUGAUGUUGACGCACAUAUCCUUUCACCUGAGGAACCACCAAUAAGUUUGUUAAUCAAGAAAGGCCCACAGCGGAUCUGUAUACAGUCUCAUGGUUUGCAUGAGCUGCAUCUUGGUGACUCAUGCAUUUCCUUUGGAAAUUCAACGUUGAAGUUUGAUACAUCAAUUCCAACUCAAAUAGUUAUUUCGGGACAAAAAUAUCUGGUGAAGGGAGCUAUCCAGUUUGAUGCCAAAUCAGUUCAUGAUUCAAAAAAGUUAGCUGAACGUAUCAUGAUAGAUGUGUAUGACAGGAAUAAUCAAGUUUUGGACACCAUUCGUGUGAAUCUUAUGCCUGAUGAAAAUGGUUCUAAGGACUCCCUCCUAUAUGAAUACUCUGUAUGGGCAAAUUAUGGUGAUGAGCUUGUAUUUGUUCCACGUGACUCAGGCGGCAUCCAAGAAAGGAAAUUUCUUUUUUACCCAAGAACACAACAGGUGGGUGUUGUCACUGAUGGUUGCCAAGCUCCUGUUGCACCAUUUGAUGGCCGAUUAGGGAUUUAUAUUGAAGGAUCCGUUUCCCCAGCUAUUUCUGGUGUUGACAUAAAAGUAGUUUCACUUGGUGAAAGCCAAAAUGCUCAACUACAAAAGGGUGAUCUAGUUCUUGAAACAAAAACAGGAUCAGAUGGCUCUUUCUCUGGGGGACCAUUAUAUGGUGAUACUUCUUACACUGUUGAGGCAUUCAAGCCUGGCUAUCACUUGAAACCGGUGGGGCAUUAUUCAUUUGCCUGCCAGAAGCUUAGUCGAAUAAAUGUGAAGAUAUACUCUGGAGAAGAACUUGCAGUGCACUUUCCCCCUGUUCUUUUAUCAUUAAGUGGAGAGGAUGGUUAUAGGAACAAUUCAGUUACUAAUGCUGGUGGAAUAUUCUCCUUUGAGGAUCUAUUUCCUGGAAGUUUCUAUCUGCGUCCACUGUUGAAGGAAUAUUCAUUUUCACCUGCAGCACAGGCAAUAGAUCUUGGUUCGGGUGAGUUCAAGGAGGUUAUUUUUCAUGCUACCCGUGUUGCAUACAGUGCUACAGGCACCGUUUCGCUUUUGUCUGGGCAGCCAAAGGAGGGUAUUCUUGUUGAAGCUAGAUCCCCUUCUAAAGGUUACUAUGAGGAGUCAACAACAGAUUCGUUUGGGCACUUCCGCCUGAGGGGUCUUAUCCCUAAUACCACGUACUUCCUAAAAGUAGUCUCCAAGGAAGAUUCAGGGACCAGGAUUGAACGUGCAUCUCCUGAUUCUGUCACAAUUGAGGUUGGAUCGGAGGAUAUAAAAGGUGUGGACUUUGUCGUCUUUGAAGAGCCUGAAACAACCAUCUUGAGUGGUCAUGUUGAGGGAAUAGAUCUUAUCGACUUGCAGCCUCAUAUCACUGUGCAAAUUAGAUCUGAAGACAAUCCCUCCAAGGCAGUUGCGGCACUACCUUUGCCUCUCUCUCACUAUUUUCAAGUGCGGGGCUUGCCUAAAAGCAAGCAUUUUGUGCAACUUAUUUUCGGUCAUUCAUCAAGUACUCGCAAGUUUGAAUCAGAGAUCUUAGAGGUUGACCUGACAAUGCAACCCCAGAUUCAUGUUGGUCCACUCAAGUAUAAAGUGUUGGAGUUGCAUCACAAACUGGAACCAACUCCAGCGCCUGUUUUCCCACUUAUUAUCGGAGUUUGCAUUAUUGCUCUCUUCAUCAGCAUGCCAAGGUUGAGAGACAUUUUAAAUUGGGCAGUAAAUAGUGCCUCUACUGCAUCUGUGACAUUUGUUGCAAAGAAGGAAACAAAGAAACCUGUAACAAGGAAGCGAGCAUACUAAUGGCUUUGAAGCAUGAGGAGGUGGUGUUGAUGGCGUUGACAUGAUCCAUGUUCAUUUGAGUAACACUGAUUGAAUUGUGUGGAUCUGAAGAGCCCAAUUAUUUUCUUCGAAGCUGUUUCAGAAUUUGGGUAGCGAACUGUAGGUUUUAGGUUCUUUGGCAGUAGCGGCAGGUCACUAGUGGUUGCGUUGUAGUCUUGUAGAGAUGAAUUUGAGGCGGCCUGGUUCUUUCAUUAAUGUAGAGCUUCAAGAGUGGAAGAUGUCAGUUUCAGCCACUGGCUUUAGUGUUGGAGGUGUAGUCGAGAGAAGCUUUGAUCAGAUAUAGCACGUGAAGGGUCCUGAUUUCAGUUAUGAUACAGCAGGUAAGAUAAAAGGCUGAUUAUCAAUUCUUUGGCCGGGUCAACGCCAGAUGCUGGAAAUUUUGUAUGAUGAGAAAACGUUAGUUCCGAUUGUUUUUGCGUGCUUUUAUAUAUUAUAUUAUAUUAUAUAUGUUUAUGACUUAUUUUUAAAGUUCAAACAUGUUUCUUUUUUCCUGUUC